CGUUGUCUAGCGGCUCAGCCAAGCUCAAGGUGAACCUUGAUGCCCCUUAACGGAAGUGGCUAGUAAUAAGUCCUUGUUUUGCUGCGAUUACUAUAUGCGCUUCGAGGUUGUUACUUACUUGCCCUGAUACAGGAUUCCAGCAACGUUCACAAUGCUGGAUCAUCGUGAAACGGGUGUCGAACACACGCUCGAAACGAGGUGUAUGAACACAGAAUGGUUCUUAUGCAGUGCAUCUCGGGUAGGCUAUCCGUUCACGAUGAAAACAUGCUUCCCUCGUUCCCAAGCAUGCCGCGAGGGCUAUCAUUGGCAGCGUCUAUAAUGGACAGCGUCUCUCGAGCAAGCGCUUUGGGCGGCUAGCUGUGAUGAUUCGCAGAUUGCAGGUGCCUUGCACUCACGGAUGCCAUCCGCUCCUACCCCGGAGCUAAUGCUCUUUGGGUACGAGAUGCCGUCUAUAUUUCAUUAUCGUUUACCUUAUUGGUGCAAGUCUGGUUCUUUCUCUUCAUCACUCCUCGCGGCGAUUCUUGCAUGCCGCAUCCCUUUGCCUGGAACAUGGCAGUACAAACAUGUCUGUACACACUUCGUACAAAUACCUCGAAGGUUUAGCCUUAGGUCAGGUCGAAGACCAGCCACUUGCUUAUCUUAUUCACUCGCAUACCACCUCUGUACCCUAUUGUCAAUGCAACGACGCGUCGCUACCCGCGCCCACUCCACUAAUGCCUCGCUCUCUGAUCCUCACAGUGCCGUCAACGUCAUUCUUGCUCAUCGCAAAUGCUGGAGAAUCAUGAAGGGCAAGAACGAGCCUGUCUGGCCACGCGAACUUGAGGCCGCGCUCAUCGAAGGUAUGGAGAGGUACAAACCAACAGGCUCGCGUUCUACGAAGGCCUUGGGACGCUUGCCCAUGCGCAACAAGUUCAUUGCCGACUACAUCUUUGAAGUCACAGGCAAGCGGCGAACACCUAAGCAAGUUGGAAGUCGUAUCCAACAACUUCGUGACACGAACUCUGGAAAGCACAUUGUCAAGACACUCUCUGACCGCCAUUACGAGAUGUUACAGCCUACACGUUCGCCAUACGACACUGCAGAUGAGGGUGCCUCCGAUCUCGCCCAAUGGUCGGCUCAACCGGUUGAGCCGCCCUCGCCUAAGCACGUCUACAUCGAAAUCUCACAUCCUCACGAUACCACGUUCCUUGACAUCCUUCCGUUCUCUACAUCCUCGUCCGUUGACGUCCGCUUCGUCGGUCGGACCCUUCGUGACAUCGAUCCAACGAUCACAUUCGUAUCAGCGACAAAGUUUAACUGCUAUUCUUCCUUCCAAGUCAUACAGCACGACUCUGUGGUGACCUCGGAAAUCACAAAUUUUGAGUCUCAUCCCACUUCCACGCCUCUGGGAACGCCGGGAUACCUUUAUAGCACCACGCUUGUACCUAGGUUCUGGCCCCGACUAUGUAGUAGUUCAGAUCCCACCUCCUACACGAUUGUUCAGGAGAUCAUACGUGCUGAGGGACAUCCUGAUGUCCUGUCCUCGGUCGUCUAUCACAUCGUAUUCGCUUCCGCACCCUCGCGAUCCGUUUCGCCAUCCUCCGUCGACGAUGGAAGCAGCAUUGGUGAUUACUCUUUCUCUUCGGAAUCCAGUCCCAACCUCAGAACUGAUUUCGAACAGUACCUGGCUUCCAUGCAGGCGUCGCCUACACAAGGUUCUUCGAUGCAGAUGGCUCCCGUGGAGUCGGAGAGCGCGUUGUUUGUCCCUGAGCUUGUUUACCACGGUGAAGAGGGCUACGCCAGCUCACUGGCCAGUCCUCUCGACCCCCCGACGAAUACCAACGUCAUGAUACCCUGGUCAGAUGAUACCCUUAUGCCUGCUCGAAUUCCCGCCGCACCAACUGCGACUUUCAUUGCGCCGGGUACAGUAUGUGAUAGCUACUUUGCUGCCGAGCAGGCGACUAUGUCGUCCUCGUGCUUUGAUAACCACGUAUCAUUUUCAGACGUUGUCUUCUGAUAUCCGCCCUUUAACGCUCUCAUUGUCAUGUCUGGCGCCGGCGCCGUACCCUUACGCUUUGUAUCAUAACUCUGUAUAAUUUCUGGAAGAGUCUUCUGUCAUAUCUCAGUCAUGGGGUCCUCUGGUUGUAAAAAUCUUCUAUCUUAUAUCUCACAUUUGUAAUGAGGCUAGUAAUGAUUUUCUUCUGCCGCCCAUGUACUGUACGGAAUGGCGUAAUAAAAACAUCUUGCAUCUCGUCAUGCGUCAAUCC